UUAUCUAUAGUGCUUUCAAAAACCGAAACACUAUGUUUCUGUUCCUGUCCUUUCUUCUCCUUCUAAAAAAUCCAUCUAUUGCUCAAAGUUUAAAUGAUGAUGGACAAGAUGUUAAAAGAUCUCAUUUCCCGGAUGGGUUCUUCUUCGGAACAAGCACUUCUUCAUAUCAGGUUGAAGGAGCUUAUAUUGAUGAUGGUAAGGGUCUCAACAACUGGGAUGUUUUUAGUCAUAUCCCAGGAAACAUAAAGAACAAUUACAAUGGAGAUAUAGCAGACAACCAUUAUUAUCGUUUCUUGGAAGAUAUUGAGUUAAUGUGUUCACUUGGAACUAAUGCAUAUAGGUUCUCUAUAUCAUGGACUAGAAUUCUGCCAAGAGGAAAGUUUGGUCAAGUUAAUCCAAGAGGAAUCAUGUUCUAUAACAAACUUAUAGACAAUCUAUUGGAGAGGGGAAUGGAACCAUUUGUGACGAUACACCAUCACGACAUCCCACAAGAGCUCGUGGAUAGAUACGGAGGAUGGCUCAGUCCUCUAAUGCAGGAAGACUUUGUAUAUUUUGCUGAAAUUUGUUUCAAGAGCUUUGGGGAUAGAAUAAAAAAUUGGAUAACCAUGAAUGAGCCAAACCUACUCGUGGACAUGUCUUAUAUAAGGGGAUGGUACCCUCCAGCUCACUGUUCACCCCCUUUCGGCAACUGUUCUGCUGGAAAUUCUGAUAUAGAGCCUCCCAUUGCUAUGCAUAACAUGAUAUUGGGACAUGCCAAGGCAGUAAAGCUAUACCGUGAACAUUUUCAGCUGAAACAAGGUGGUUCUAUAGGGAUUGUUGGAUUUACAGAAUAUUUUGAACCGUUAAGAGACAAUGAAUUAGAUCGGCAAGCUGUGAGUAGGGCCCUGGCCUUCACUAAUGCCUGGCUGUUCGAUGCUGUAGUAUUUGGGGAUUACCCUGCUGAAAUGCGCCUUUAUCUUGGUAGUGCACUGCCAACAUUCUCACCAGAAGAAACUAGCUACGUAAAAGGAAGCUUAGAUUUCAUUGGUAUGAACUUUUACACAUCAUUAUAUGCCAAAGAUUGCAUCCAUUCUGCUUGCAUCUCAGGCGGGGAUCGCCCUAUUCGAGGCUUUGUUUACACAACUGGAGAACGGGAUGGUGAGCCGAUCGGAGGACGAUGUGGGAAUCCAAGGUUCUUUGUGGUCCCUGAGGGAAUGGAGAAGAUUGUCAGCUACAUGAAAGAGAGAUACAAUAACAUGCCUAUGUUUGUGACUGAAAAUGGGUUUUCUCCCCCGCAAGAAAAUGAUCAAGUUCAGGCGUUAUUGCAAGACACCCACAGAGUAAACUUCCAUAAAUCCUAUCUUGCUGCUUUGGCUAGAGCAAUAAGGAAUGGAGCAGAUGUUCGUGGAUAUUUCGUGUGGAGCUUGGUAGAUAACUUCGAGUGGAUAGAUGGCUACUCCCAGCGAUAUGGACUUUAUUAUGUUGAUCGCCAGACUCUUGAACGAGUUCCAAAGCUUUCGGCAAAGUGGUAUAAAAAUUUCCUUGCAAAUGGCUCUUCUAAUCACAACAAUGAAGAAGAUUUGACCAUAAGAUCUUUCAGAAAUACAAAUGCCAUAAUAUGAGGACCAGAAGCUUCAAAAGCAGCAGUAUAAUGGCAUGGAUAGGGGUGAAGAGGGACCAAGAAAAAAGCCUAAAAAUGUAUUAUUAUAUUUGUCUACGAGUGGCUACCAGAAGAAAUGUUAUUGAUAUUUGUAAAUUUGUUGAUGAUUAUGCUAAUAGUUGACAUCGUUCAAAAAAGUCAACUAUUUAUAUUUAUUGAAAAUGAGAUUGCUGAAAA